CCGGGAGCAACGAGAGGCCGCCGCGGUCCGUCAAGAGGGGCCCGCGGUCCGCCAGGGGAGGGGCACCGAGAGGGCCAAUCUCCCACGGACGGGAAAGCACGACACAACCUGUCCUCUGCAACUCUAGAUGGUGCUGUCCUGCCGCUCCCGGGCUGGCUCGCCUGCCCUGUCUUGCCUUCUCUGAUGUGCCCUUCCUUGGGUGUCAUGUGAGCUGGAGGGAGAGAGGAACCAGACAGACAGCUGGCCUGAGAAGGAAAGAGACCCCAGAUGGGGAAGAGCUGCAAGGUGGUGGUUUGCGGCCAAGCCUCAGUUGGAAAAACAGCCAUCUUGGAGCAGCUCCUCUAUGGGAACCAUGUGGUUGGUUCCGAGAUGAUAGAAACCCAGGAGGACAUCUACGUGGGCUCGAUCGAGACGGACCGCGGGGUGCGGGAGCAGGUGCGAUUCUACGACACCCGGGGCCUGCGGGAGGGCCUGGAGCUCCCCAAGCACUGCUUCUCCUGCACAGACGGCUAUGUGCUAGUCUACAGCACCGGCAGCAGGGAGUCCUUCAAGAGGGUGGAGCUGCUCAAGAAGGAAAUCGACAAGUGCAAGGAUAAGAAGGAGGUCACCAUUGUGGUUCUGGGCAACAAGUGCGACCUGCAGGAGCAGCGGCGCGUAGACCACGACGCGGCCCAGCACUGGGCCAAGGGCGAGAAGGUGAAGCUGUGGGAGGUGUCCGUGGCCGACCGCCGGACAUUGAUCGAGCCUUUCACCUACCUGGCCAGCAAGAUGACGCAGCCGCAGAGCAAAUCCGCCUUCCCGCUGAGCCGCAAGAACAAGGGCAGCGGCUCCAUAGACGGCUGAAGGCCUGGCCUCCCCUCCCCUGCCACCUCGCCCCAUGGCGUUUCCACCUCUCCUGAGCUCUGGGGGCUUGGCACAAAGCCUGCUGAUGGGAGGGGCUGAGCUCCUGGAGUGGGGGGGGGGCUUGGCCCCUGGCCACACGAGGCAGCAUGCCGAGGACCCAGUGGUCACUGGGGGCAGUGAAGGUGCCUGGCCCGUCCCUGUUGCCUGGAGAGGGAGGGCAGCCUUGGGUGGCUGGUCUGAACUCGGGAUUCGCCCAGACCGGGAGCCCUGCGAACAGGCAGCUGCUGGCCUGGUCUCUGCUCCCAACGCACAGGCUAGGCAAAGCUCUCAGCAAACACACUCCCUGCCUUGGCAGGGGGCUCCAACCGCCAUUUGGCCCCUUGUAACCUGAACCUGGAGGGGAGCGUAUGGCAGUCCCGAGCUCCCUCCUCCCUCCAUGCCGCAGAAUGCCCCGGCCUGUCCCCCAAAGCGCCUCCCUCCAGGCCGGCGCUGCAGCAGGUGCCCAGCUGGAAGGGGGCUCUGAGCCCCCGAGCUGUGGAGCCGUUCGGCUCCUGAACCAGACCCUGGAGCACAGUGGAGCUGGAGCGACAGGCGAGGGGUGAUGGCGUUCAUCCUCCAGGCCUCUCCGCUCACCACCAGGCACCUGCAAACCGCCCGCUCUCUGCAGCUGGGGAGGUGGAUGGGGGCUCCAGGAUUGCUGGGCUCUGCUUCCAGAUGGCUCUUAGCCCCAUGCAUGCUGCACUCGCCUCCCUGGGGGCUGCGUAGCUGCGUCCCUGAAGAUCGUGGGGAGCAAGGAACUGCCCUGGGUCCCUGCAGAACCUUCACUGUCCCCUGCCCCCUGCUCUUUAACUGCCUGAGCAGCUGGGAAAUGCACCUGGCCCCUCUGCCGCUGCAGAAUCGGGGCACUUGGGUGAGGCCAGGCUGAGCAGAGCUUGGGUUUAGGUUCAUUAAGCUCAUUAGAGCCUCAUCAGUGUCCAGGCAUGUCAGAGAUGCCUGCAGCGCAGCCCUGAUCUGCUGCCUCUUCCCAUGUUGUGAUCCCCGGCUGAAGGCCAGGCCAAGCCAUGGUGUGGGGGUCGUGCCCCUGCCUCUGAUUCCCCUAUGGCCUGAGCUGAAGUCCCCCAGCACGAGGUGCUCACUGCAGAAGCCUGGGUGGGGGCAGCCGUUUGCAUCGCGUGUUAGGCAGGUGCAGCUCAGCUCAUUGCUGAGGAGCAGCUGGCCCCCCAAGACAGGUUUCCGACUUGCAGUUCUUUGGGCAGAGCUGGCAGGGGAGGGGGAGGGCUGCAGGGGUGGCCUCAGCAGGCCAUUAAAAUGGUCAGUUGGCCAAGAACCAAGGGGUUAGUUUUAGAUGGUCCCAGAGCUUCUCCUUGGCCAGGAAUUUGGGACGGGAGGGAAUGCGCUUUGGCUGGGGUGAGGGGGAUGGGAUGGACUCACUGGGGUCCCCUGGAUUAGCCCACCUGGCAGCAGGGCAUGUUCUGGUGCUGGGAAGUGAGGCUGGUGGGCUUUUUUAAUUAUUGCAUGUAUGUAAUCUCAUGUCAGAGGCAUGUAGAGCCGCUUCCGCCUGGUCAGCAAUCGCUGUCAAUAAACUCAGCUGCUCUCGGA